CAGGAGGUGUUCCCGAAUAACGAAUUCCCGAUUCAGCCAUUUUGGCUAUGUAGGCUAUGCAACUAUGCGGAACUCAUGAAGUUUGUUUACCAACAAACCACAGAAAAGCUGAGCAAAAAAUAAACAAACUCAUUGAGAGCCCCGCUCACUCCUCGCCUACUUACUGUGAAAGUCGGAGAACCUAGUGUAUCUAAGAACCUUGGCUGUGAGCACGAUUUGCAUAGUGUAUGGCACUGCUUGAAUGAGCGCCCAAACGGUUGGAGUAAAAUCGGUCGGGAUCGAAAUAUUUUGUACAAAACAUUCUCCCAGCCGGGGUGGAGAUGGUUUUUUUUUGUUGCUGUUGCUGUUUUCGCCAGCAAUCAUUUGUGUUCGCGUGAAAUAUGUUUGUAUAGUGUGUGGGCGAGCAUAGAUCAAACAAUCGACGCGGAAUCAUCGAAUUUGUACAGGCCAAUUUGUGUAGUCUAUGGCCCGCUUAAAAGAGAACUAGCUUCAAGAAGUCUGCACUUGAUGGUAGUUGACACUAGAAUGUUUUUCUACUUUCUUGUUCUAGGUUGGCAUGCUUAGUUGUAAAUUGUAUAAGUAGUUGUUCUGAUACUACAGAGAUGAGGUCACGUCACGUGAUCGUUAAUGCAAAUCAAUCUCUUGAAUUGUUUGGUACAGUUUUUACAAGGAUAAGUUCACUGAAAAAUCAGUAUUUUGCCUGUGUAAAAUCUUGCAGGAUCAGGACAACAGUUAUAUUGAGAAAAUUCGGAACAGUUAUAUCAUCAAGCGACCUUCUCCAAAAGUCAAUUUAACUUCCCGUUUCCGGAUUUUAAUUUUGCCAAAUUUACAGUUUAAGGCCGUAUUUCCGCUAUCAUGGCAACUUGCAAUAGCUGCGAUUCGAUUCGCGCUUCCUCAGCCGUCCGCAAAGCCAAACUAGAUUCGGAGCUGAAGCGUCUGGAGGAAGAAAAAGAGAUUGAAAUGGCAUAUCUGACUAAACGAUACCAAACCUUGAAGAAAUCUUUGAUGCAGGAAGAAGAUGAAAUAUGCCGUGCUUAUUCGUGUCCGAAGGCUGUACCAGCACCAGCUGAGAAGGUAAGAUAUACGACGGAAUACGCAAUUAGCUGCUGGGAAGUUAAGGAUACGGCUUCCCAGGAGACAUCGACGAAAGUUCAAUUCUCGAAGCAAGGGAAAAAUGCAGGAUUCCCUAAAAGAGGAAAGCAACACGUAGGGUUUCCUAAAAAAGGUAAUCCCAAUGCAGGUGCCAUAAAGGAAUGUCAGCAGGUCGGUAUUAAGCAACCACGUGAUCGACCCCACCAUUCGAAACCGCAAGGGUUAACUCCGGAGCAGCUUGCAGCCCGUCAAAUUUUUCCGCUGGACUUGCCAACGUUUUCAGGGAAUCCUGCUCACUGGCCUGAUUUUAUUAGUGCCUAUCGGAACUCCACCGAGGCGUGCGGGUUCAGUAAUUUCGAAAAUAUGAUUCGCCUUCAACAAUACCUGAAGAACCAGGCAGCGCAGGUCGUUCGUAGCCGGCUGAUUAAUCCUGAUUCCGUUCCGCAAGCGAUAGAAACAUUGCGAAGCUAUUUCGGUAAACCGAUGAUGAUAAUUGAAGACUUACUGGAGAAAAUUAGACUCACCCCUUCUCCGAAUUUGAAGAACCUUGAUUCAGUUAUGAUGUUUGGGAGCACAGUUCAUUGCGUCUGUGCCCGCCUGAAGGCAGCCGACUUAAAUGAUUACCUCGACAGUCCGGAUCUGCUGUACGAUUUGCUGGAUAAGCUUCCGUAUGAGCUAGAAAUGCAAUGGGACGAUUAUAUCGAAAGGAUUCAUAGUGUAAACUUGCAAACUUUGGGAAGUUUCAUAGAUAUGAUUGGUGCUUCCUUCAUUCCUGAGAGCUCUAUUGCUUUCUAGCUUGGAGCCAAACAUGUACGAUUGUUGAAUCAAUCAUUACACAUUUCGUUACAAUUCAGAUAAUAUCAUUCCGAGAAAAAAGACGGAAGGACCUCUUUUGUUAGGUGUUAGAAAGGAAAAUGUUGGAUUAAAUAAAUUUUCUUCUAUUUACGAUUUUCAAACGAUUAUACAUCUACAAUUUAUUUCAACACAUUGAAUAAUUCGUCUAAAAAAAGAGAAAAAUCCAGAACGUAAAGCACUGAACUCAAGCACUUAAAGCUCGUGAUAAGACAACGUAUAAUCAAACAUGUGUCUACAGUUAAUCUAACAAAGUCUUAAUAUGUAAGUAUGUAUUAUGUAUUUAUGUAUAGAACAUUUCUUUUGGGUGAAACCGAUUCUAGUUUCUCCGGCUACUCGUUAUCUCAAUUUAAACCUUUUUUUCCUUCUUCACUUAUGAAAUUUGAUGGGACUACCGACUAAAUUUCGGUAGUCGAACAUGUAUGGGGACAAAAAAUGCAUCUUUCUAAUCUCGACUCGGUAGUGAUUCUCCCCAUUCAGUGAUAACCAUUCCGUUCGUCCAGCAAAAAAUCCGGAUGGGUGGCCUUGAGCGAUUUCCUGAAGCCGUACAGAUAGAAGUUUAUUUUCUGUACGUUUGAGCAUUCACCCAUAAUUCCGACACGCCAUGCCUUCUCCCAGGUUGGCCCCAGUCCGCCUUGGAUUUCCAGUGAGAAGCUGGAAUUUUUUUUUGAAAAAAGUUACAAAACUUAAAAAAAAC